ACAGAUAGUACAAAUAGUGAAAUAUCUCUAAUAUGGGAAUCCAGGGUUUGCUGAAAUUUCUAAAAGACGCAACGAGUGAAAUUCAUAUACGAGAAUACGCAGGGAGAUGUGUUGCCGUGGAUACGUAUUGUUGGUUACACAGAGGAGCUUUUGCUUGUGCUGAUAAACUUGCAAAAGGAGAAAAAACUGAUCAAUAUGUGAAGUAUUGCAUGAAAUUUGUUGAUAUGUUGGAAUCGUAUAACGUUCGGCCGAUUCUCGUAUUUGACGGUUGUCACCUCCCCUCGAAGAAAGAAGUCGAAAAACAGAGAAGAGAGCGUCGGGAACUUUAUAUGCAAAAAGGAAAGCAGUUUUUAAGAGAAGGAAGACUGAGUGAAGCAAGAGAUGCAUUUACAAAAUGCGUCAGUGUUACUCCUCAAAUGGCACUUUCAGUUAUGAAGGUUGCGAGAGAACGAGGAAUAGACUGUAUAGUUGCACCUUAUGAAGCAGACGCACAACUUGCAUAUCUUUUAAAACAAGGUUACGCUCAAGCUGUUGUAACAGAAGAUUCGGAUUUGUUGUGUUUUGGUUGUGAGAAGGUCAUAUUAAAGAUGGAUUUGACUGGUAGAGCACAAGAAGUAUCAUUAGAUAAAUUAGAGUUGGUCAAAAAUCUUCAAGGUUUUACAAUCGAAACAUUCAGACAUAUGUGUAUUCUGUCUGGUUGUGAUUACCUACCAAGUAUUAAAGGAAUUGGAUUAGCAAAAUCUUGCAAAGCUCUGAAACUAGCAAAGAACAAAGAUAUUUAUCAAACUGUUCGUAAACUGCACCAAUAUAUCAAAGGUUUGGCACCAGUGGAACCAGAAUAUGCAAUUGGAUUUGAAAGAGCAGAUAAAACAUUUUUGUACCAACUCGUUGUUGAUCCAAAACAUCGCAAAAUUGUUCCUCUCAAUGAUUAUACACCUGACAUACAGCAGGAAGAUUUACAAUAUGCUGGACCUAUGAUGUCACAUGACCAUGCAGUCAAUAUAGCUUGGGGAAAUAUUGAUAUUAACAAUGGAAAACGUAUUGGAGAUUUUAAUGUAGAUACGUGGAUGAAAAGCAAAAGUUGGAAUGGUGAAAGUGUUAUGAGAAGAUCUAGCAUCUGGCAGAAAGAUUUUUUCAGCAAUAAUAAGCAUACUGAUUCUAUUGCUGUCAAUAGUAAAAGAGAGAAAGCCAAGCAACCAGCAAAAGUAUCUUUGAGAGGGAAGGAAGCAACCAUUGAUAUGAAGAGGUUUCUCUACUCAAGCAAGUCUAAAAAGCAAGAAGAAUUGCUGGGAGAAAAUGAUGCACUCAAAGAAGUACUCACUCAGUAUGAGGAGGAUGAUCAUGAAAAAGAGGACAAAAUUAUGAAAAAAGAAACAAAGGAUAAUCAAGAUAAAAUAAGUGCAGAUCAAACAGAAUUGCUAGAAAUGUAUAAAACCUCAAAAUCUACCAUUGUGCCUUCAAAAUCAUCGGCAUCAGGAAAGUUAUCGCGACUAAGGAUGACACAGAAUAACAAACAAAUUUCUUCAAAUUGCAUUGUGAAAAGCAGAUUUUUUGCUGCUGCCGAUAACAAUCCUUCAUUUAUUGAAGACAGUGACGAUCACUCCUCAACAAUUACUCAUGUCGAUGAAACCCCAGAGACAUCAAAUGGCAGCAUUAUACCUCAACCUACUCUAUCAGAUGAUGGAACACUUAAUGAAAUUUUACAAGAAAUUGAAACAAAAGUCAAAGUAGAAAGAAAAUCAUCACCAACAAAACAGUUAUCCAUACAUUCAAUCAAGUCACCAAAGAAGCAGAAAUAUUUGCUGGAAAAAUUACAAGAAUAUCAAAAGCAAAAUGAUCUCAGAUCUCCAUUAUUGCCAAGAAAAGUUGAGAAAAGCACAUCUGUAACGCCUUUAAAACGAAAAAAUCCAUUCGCUGUAUUGACUGAUGGUUCAGAUAAAAUAAAGUCAGAGUUUUCUAUUUACAACAAAAGGAAAGCAUCAACUUCACCUCGCGGUACUCCUGCUUGUUUAAAAAGGUUUAAAAGAAAAGUGAUACAACCUCAUAAAAUGGAGGUUGAAAUUAACAAUGAAGAUUGUAUUUCGGUUGAGGUACAGGAGAUAUUUUCUUCAAAUAAGGUAGAAAGCCAAGAAGCUAGCCAUGAAAAUAACAAUAUGGAUAAAAUCUUGUAUCUCCGAACAUCAGGAAAUGAAAAGGAUAAUUUUGAAUCUGAGUUAAAUAUGAACGAAACAAAUGAAGAUAUACCUCUCAUAGACGAUCCCGUUUUUACAAAAUCCGAAAUUCAUAAAAAUUCCGAAAAAGGAACAGGAAAACCAAAAGAUAUAGAAAAAUUGAAAUUGCAAUUAACGCCACAAAAAUUGAUUGUGUCGUUAAAAAAAUUAUCACCAGAGGAUGUAUCAUAUGAGGAUUUCAUUUCAAUUGAAAAAUACGAGAAUGAAAAUAUAUUAAAUGGGAAAAAUUCAACCUCUGUAACUACUUUACCUCAACAAUUAUCAGAACCUAUUGUUUUAUCGUCGGAUGAAGAAAAUAUACCUUAUAUUGAUGACACUCUCAAUAUGCCGAAGAAACGUCAAAGAACGGUAGGUCUGAAUAGAAAGACACCGCCACAGCCUUCAUCAGGUUUAGUCAGAUCCAAGUAUUUUGGAAGUGCAAAGGCAAGUGGGCUUCGAAAAAAAGAAUCAAUGAAGCACAAGAAACCUAAAAAGUCACCAAUGACAGAGAAGUUAAAAAAUCAACCAAAAAUCACUUCACUUUUUACGAAAACAAUCAAUCAGCCUGCAACAAAAAGACGUACAGCUCUAUCUCCGAAAGAAGAAAACGUAAUAAUCAACACCCCCGAAACUGAGGAGAGUGACGUGGAAAAAAUCAAACUAAAAAUGAUGGCAACAAGAAAACUAUUUGGUCUGAAGAUCAAGUGAAACAUUUAAUGAGUAUGAAGUUUCACUUUAAUUUAAAUCAGGGCAGAUAUUGUGAUUAGUGAACCAUUUGCAUACAUCUGCAACAUUUAAGAUUCUGGAUGAUUAUGUGCUGGCGAAUUGCUAUAUUCACCAUCACAGGAUUGUGUUGUAGCUUCGCCUGACCCUAAACAUCAGUUGCUAGCCAAGUGGGUCAACGGUGGCCCAAAACUAUAUUCCAAUUCCUGAAAUUCCAAGUGUUUCAAGUCACAAAUCUUGAAUAUUAGCAACGGAUUAGCUUCUUCCAUUUCAAAUAUGAAAUUGUAGCCAAACAAGCAUUCUGCAUAUCGUUUAGUAGUCUUACCUGUGCGAAAUAUAAAAUCGUAUCAAACUGGAGCUAGUAAUGCAAGACAAGUUGUAUCAUCAGCUUCACAGAUUGCAACGUACACAAAUAUUACCUACCGGUAGUUGCUAACACAAAAUAUAUUGAUUUUUUGAUAUCCAUUGCUCUGUAGCAAGGGUAAAGCCUGUACUUUUAUUUUAUAGAGGCUUUUUAGUAGUUGCAGACUUGCAGCAGUCACAAAUUUUCAUUAUUGGUCUGAUGACAUGUGUUGAUCGCUUCGCACAAGCUAGCUGUUAGGGCAUUGUAACGUCAUCGAUAAUGAAUUAGACUCAGAUAUAGGCUUUACAACACAAAGAAAUUGGAAUUACUCGCCCGUGACAGGUUAAACUAAAUUAAAAACUUGUUUCACAGGCCGCACAUCAUACAAAAUUGGCACUUCUCAGCAGGCUGCAGGUUGCACUCCCCUUUUCUAUAUAGUAUGAUUGUAUCAAUGAAAAUAUUAGCCAUUCGAACGCUAUUAUUUGAUCUGGUCAUUGGAAUCUGUGCUUCAAAUUCUAUUAAUAUAUGUGAGAUUCCAGAGAGAUACUUGCAAGCAUCUGUACACUGUACUAUAUCCUAAUGUAACUUUUUUGUAUUACUGAUAUUUUGAGGCAAUUUUAUUAGACUGUCUAAACCUAUUACUCUCGUUUCUUUCAGUGUUCCUUAUACAAUUUUACUAUUUUAUUCGUGCUUUUUUAUUCUAUAUUUUUAUCGAAUAAGAUCAUGGAUAUCGUUAUUGUUUUUUUUUUGUGAUCAGCAGUGGUGUAAACUGUAAAUGAUGCUCUAUCAGUGCAAAAUAAUCAAAUGUCUGCUUGACA